UUACAUAGGUAGAUGGUAGGAUAUGUAGAAGCUACUUCAAUUUGUAGCACUUUGGAUGAAUACCACUAACACUAGUUCGGUUUAAUAGUGGCUGGAUACCCUAACAAAGCACCACGUAAUGAACCACUAAUCUGAUUAAAAGUCUUAAACUAUCAUUCAUUAACAUUAUAAGCUUAUGAAACCGACUUCUAUCCAGCUGUCCAAUUCCACUUCAUCCCACCAACCACUAUCCAAACAACAUUCAUUCAUCCAUUCCCACAAACCAUAGAUUAUUAUAAAUUAGAGCACAUGAUUUUUGUGUUUCAUAACUUGUGACACAAAACAACACUCUUCUGUCUCAUACACAAAUACUGUCCAAUGGCUGUUAAUUAUGUAUUAGCUUUUUUAUUAAUAUGUACACCUUUUAUGGUAGCUUUUGCUGGAAACUUAUACCAAGAUGUUGGUAUCACUUGGGGAAAUGGAAGAGGUAACAUUCUGAAUAAUGGCCAGCUUCUUACUUUGUCUCUAGAUAGAACCUCUGGCUCUGGCUUUCAAUCCAAUAGUCAAUAUCUUUACGGUAAGAUUGACAUGCAAAUCAAACUUGUACCUGGAAAUUCAGCUGGUACAGUCACAGCUUAUUAUUUACGAUCAGAAGGGUUAUCUUGGGAUGAAUUAGACUUUGAAUUCUUAGGAAAUUUAAGCGGUCAUCCUUAUGUAGUUCAUACGAACGUGUAUACGCAAGGUAAAGGUGACAGAGAGCAACAAUUUUAUCUAUGGUUUGAUCCAACCGCAGAUUUCCACACUUAUUCCUUUCUAUGGAAUCCUGCACAUGCUGUAUUUUACAUUGAUGGAAGACCAAUUAGGGAAUUCAAGAACUUAGAGAGUGAAGGAGUUCCAUAUCCGAAAAAUCAAGCGAUGAGAUUAUAUUCAAGUCUAUGGAAUGCUGAUGAUUGGGCAACAAGGGGUGGACUUGUGAAAACAGAUUGGACACAAGCUCCAUUUACUGCUUCUUUUAGAAACUUCAAAGCCAGUGGUUGUGUUUGGUCUAAUGGAGUUUCUUCUUGCAAAUCCAACUCUUCUGCUUCUGAUAAUGCAUGGUUAUCUCAACAACUUGAUAAUACAAACCAGAAGAAACUAAAAUGGGUGCAGAAGAAAUACAUGAUUUAUAAUUACUGCAAUGAUGUUAAACGGUUUCCUCAAGGUCUCCCUCUCGAAUGCACUGUUCGUACCAAGUCAUGAGAGGAAAACCACUUUUACUAGUUUAUUUUUUGAUGUAUUAUAUUUUUUGAGCUACUAUGUUCAGAAAUCUAUGUAACUGUAUGUACAUAAAUUUUUAGCAUUUACUUAAUCAUGUUUCCCUA